AUUGGCUGCGCAGGUCCCCGUGAUGCGGGGUGGUGACUGACGGCUCCGGGUCUGAGGGGCUCCUGCUUGUCAGGUUCUAGGACCAUUGUAGCAAUGUUUGGAGGUGCUCAUCACCAGAAGGUUGACCAUCAGGGGAUGAAUUUAUUUUGGCCACAGCAAGUCAUGAAUGCCAUCUACUAAGGCACAGAAUAUUGACAUAUUGAACUUAUUUAAGAUAGACCUAUGAUCAUUUUCAUCAUUUUCUUCUGCAAGUUCUUCAAAACAUCUUAAAAGUGUGAUGCCCCCAAAUGAAAUUGCCAUUUUAAUUGAGAUCUGACUGGAAAAGAGUAAUAAGAUAUGGACACAUGCUGAUUAAAAGAAUUUCUUACAACCAGUGGAGCAGUUAGUGCUUUAUGAAGAUGGGAUUUGGAAGUGACCUGAAGAAUUCACACGAUGCACUGUUAAAAUUGCAAGAUUGGGAAUUACGACUCUUGGAAACAGUCAAGAAGUUUAUGGCACUGAGAAUAAAAAGUGAUAAAGAAUAUGCAUCUACUUUACAGAAUCUCUGCAAUCAAAUUGAUAAGGAAAGUACGGCCCACAUGAAUUAUGUCAGUAAUGUAUCCCAGACUUGGCUACUAAUGAUUCAACAAACAGAACAGCUUAGCAAAAUAAUGAAGACACAUGCAGAAGACCUUAACUCUGGUCCAUUACACAGGCUCACUAUGAUGAUCAAAGAUAAGCAGCAAGUGAAGAAGAGUUAUAUAGGUGUUCACCAGCAAAUUGAGGCAGAUAUGUUCAAGGUCACAAAGACAGAAUUGGAUAAAUUAAAAACAAGCUAUAGACAAUUAAUAAAAGAAAUGAAUUAUGCCAAAGAGAAAUAUAAAGAAGCUUUGGCUAAAGGGAAGGAAACAGAGAAGGCAAAAGACCGUUAUGACAAAGCAACAAUGAAACUUCAUGUGUUGCAUAAUCAAUAUGUAUUGGCUUUGAAAGGGGCACAGCUUCAUCAGCAUCAGUAUUAUGAUACUACACUUCCUCAACUCCUGGACUCAUUACAAAAAAUGCAAGAAGAAAUGAUCAAUGCACUAAAAAGUAUAUUUGAUGAAUACAGCCAGAUUACCAGUCUUGUUACAGAGGAGAUAGUUAAUGUCCAUAAAGAGAUUCAGACAUCAGUUGAACAGAUUGAUCCUAGCACGGAAUACAACAAUUUCAUAGAUGUUUACAGAUCACCAGCUGUUGAGGAGCAAGAAAUUGAGUUUGAUGCUUCUUUACUUGAAGAAAAUGAAAGUCUUCAGGCUAAUGAGAUCAUGUGGAAUAAUUUAACAGCAGAGAGUUUGCAAAUAAUGUUGAAAACUGUCGAAGAAGAAUUGAUCCAAACACAGCAGAUGCUUUUAAACAAGGAGGAAGUUGUCUUGGAACUAGAAAAGAGUAUUGAAGAAUCUUCUAAGACCUGUGAAAAGAAGUCUGAUAUUGUGCUUCUGCUGAGCCAAAAACAGGCAUUAGAAGAGAUAAAGCAAUCAGUCCAGCAGUUAAGAUGUGCUGAGUCCAAGUUCACAGCCCAGAAAGAACUCCUAGAACAAAAAGUACAAGAGAAUGAGGGAAAAGAGCCACCUCCCGUCUUCAAUUAUGAAGAAGACGCUAGAUCAGUUACAUCUAUGGAGAGGAAGGAGAAGUUAUCUAAAUUCGAGUCACUUCGUCACUCCAUUGCUGGAAUGAUUCGAUCUCCCAAAUCUAUGUUGGGCUCUUCAUCCUGCGCUCCAUCGAAAGUAGCAGAGAAACCUUGUACUUCCUCUAAAAAGUUCUGUGAUGUAAUAUCAGCAAGUGACAAGCCAUUGGUAGAACAGGACUGGUACCAUGGUGCAAUUCCCAGAAUAGAAGCACAGGAACUCUUAAAGCAACAAGGAGACUUCUUGGUUCGGGAGAGUCACGGGAAACCUGGUGAAUAUGUCCUGUCUGUGUUUUCAGAUGGACAACGAAGACACUUUAUUAUACAGUUUGCUGAUAAUCUAUAUCGAUUUGAAGGAACUGGGUUUACAAAUAUUCCUCAACUUAUAGAUUAUCAUUAUACAACAAAGCAAGUCAUUACUAAGAAAUCAGGUGUAGUCCUGCUGAAUCCUGUUGUUAAGGAUAAGAAAUGGGUUCUCAAUCAUGAAGAUGUCACAUUGGGAGAAUUACUAGGCAAGGGUAAUUUUGGUGAAGUAUAUAAGGGAACAUUAAAGGAUAAAACUGCUGUUGCUGUAAAAACGUGUAAAGAAGAUCUUCCUCAGGAACUGAAAAUAAAAUUUUUACAAGAGGCCAAAAUACUCAAACAGUAUGAUCAUCCUAAUAUUGUCAAGCUUAUAGGAGUUUGCACACAAAGACAACCCAUUUACAUCAUCAUGGAGCUUAUUCCAGGAGGCGAUUUCCUUUCCUUUUUGAGAAAGAAGAAAGAUGAACUAAAACCCAAACAGUUAGUGAAAUUUUCAUUAGAUGCUGCUUCUGGUAUGGCGUAUCUUGAGAGUAAAAACUGUAUACACAGGGACCUUGCUGCAAGAAAUUGCCUGGUAGGGGAAAAUAAUAUUCUGAAAAUCAGCGACUUUGGAAUGUCCCGUCAAGAAGAUGGUGGUAUAUAUUCAUCUUCUGGCUUAAAGCAAAUUCCCAUCAAAUGGACUGCUCCAGAGGCCCUCAAUUACGGAAGAUACAGUUCUGAAAGUGAUGCAUGGAGCUUUGGUAUCCUUUUGUGGGAGACCUUCAGUUUAGGAGUCUGUCCAUAUCCUGGAAUGACCAACCAACAUGCCCGGGAACAAGUGGAGCAAGGAUACCGGAUGUCAGCUCCUCACAAGUGUCCUGAAGAAAUUUAUAAAAUAAUGCUGAGGUGUUGGGACUACAAACCUGAAAACCGCCCCAAGUUCAGCGAACUUCAGAAGGAGCUAGCUGCCAUCAAGAAAAAAGUGACAUAGGGAUGAAGUCAUUCCAGACACCACCUACAGGACUCUGUUUCCCAGCAAAGUAAUAUUUUUCCCUCAGACGAAAUGAGUUUAUACUACAUUACCUGCAGUAGUCUAGAGUUACUUUUUUAAGUCAGUUGGGUUUUUUAAUGUGCCAAUUUGAAAAUGUCCUAGGCAUAUGCAUUGAAAAAAAGAAAAUGGACUCUUCUGCCAAGUGCUGCUUAGCCAAUCACAGCUCUUCUGCUGUACCUGGCCAUCAUCCAUAGACAAGCACAGCCUAUAAAUGUAAGGGACCAUGGAUCCUAUCUGUCUGACGUGGAUUAACUACUAUUGAUAUUGCUCAGUUCAUAGUUUGCUCAAUUCAAUUUGCUGCCUUAAGUCACAGAGACCUAAUACAUUGGUGCUAUGAUCCUAAUUUGUGGUGCCAAGUUGGCAGACAUGUUCCGGCAUAACCUUGAUUAUCUCAUGACUGAGGCAAGAUUAUAUUUUUAGAAUAUUUUCCCAAACUUCUAUUUUCUUAAUAGCUGGCAUCACUUCAUUUGACAAGGUUUGAAAAUGCUAAAAUUUCUUCUUUAAAAAAUAAUACACUACUACAUUUUACAUUUGAAAAUAUUUGGACUUUUUUCUUUUAGAUAGUAUAGUGACCAACACAUUUGGGUCACCACACACCCAUUUUAUCAGGAAGGCUGAAAUUUUCCUUAUUCCCUGUCAUCCUGUCCCUCUUUGAUCAGAUCAUCAGAAACUUUUGCAUAUAGUUUCCUUUGAGAGCUUAAGCCAGAGUUUUAGCGACUUGCUUUUGAAUGAAUCCAUGAAGAGCUGCUGUCAGUAGAAAGAAUGUUUACAGAGGAGAGUGACCUAAAAUGAAGCAUUUUAAUAGUAGUGAUGAAAAUAGUGAAUGCAAAGAAGUAGAAAGUUGGUUUCUUAUUAGGACCAGUACCGUUCUGACUUUUUUCAUACAUGACUCUUUCCAGUGUUACAUUCUAAGCUGUUACAAAGGGGCCACAAAAAUGUGUCAGUACCUCAUGGAUUUCAUAGUCAGCAAAAAGUUCAUUUCUAAGGGGCAGCUAGGUGGCGCAGUGGAUAGAGCACCAGCCCAGAAGUCAAGAGGACCUGAGUUCAA